CCAUAAUUAUGUUGUUGUUGCAGAGAGGAGGUGCGGAACCACGCGGUGCGCUGGAACGCGGAGUUCUCGUUCGUAUGCAAGAUGUGCGCCAACGCGAACACGGGCGUGCUCGAGCCCGCGCUCAUGAGGGUCUCCGUGCGCAAGGAGCUCAAGGGUGGACGGUCGUACCAGAAGCUGGGCUUCUGCGACGUGAACCUGGCGGAGCUGGCGGGCGCGGGCGAGGCGACGCGGCGCUGCCUGCUCGAGGGGUACGACCCGCGCCGCCGCCAGGACAACUCGGUGUUACGGCUGCGCAUCAAGAUGAACAUGAUCUCAGGCGACCCGCUCUUUAAAGUUCCGGAGCGUAAGCAGGACGUACCAGAGACCAAGGGCGGCGGCGACAGCGGGUCAGAGAGCGCGGCCGGCGCCGCCGACGACGACUGCGGCUCCUCCACAGCUAGUUCCGGCUUUGGCUCGCUCACCAAGAAGAAGAACUACGAGGGUUGCCACUCGCAGCAGCUGUCGUCGCUGCCGUCGUAUGAGAUGCCGUCGCCGGACGCGGACGAGCCCCCGCCGCCGCCGCCGCCGCCGCCCGCCGCCCUCGUGGCCGAGUACACCGGUGUAUUGGUAGGCAGCGGUGGAGGCGGGGGCGGGAGUGGGGGCGGUGUCCAGACGGCGGCGUCAUGCGCGACGUGGUUGCAUCAGCAGCAAACACACUCCAGGAACUCUUCCAACACCUCCGGCGACAUGAGCAGCAAGGGUGAUGUCGUGUUGCAGGCGUCGGGGUACGGCAGCUCAGCGUCGGCGGCGUCGGCGCACUCGCGGCAGAGCUCGGAGGGCGAGGCGGCGGACGGGCCGCGGCCGCACCACAACAGUGUACGCCUAGAACGGACCACGACCACCACCACCACCCUGUACGUCCCCACGCAGAACUGUAAACACGGCAAUAACGCGCGAGCGCUCGCCAAGCUGUUGCUAGAGAAGACGGUGGUGAGCGAGACGUCCGACGUGUACCUGACGCCCAACACGACCCUCACGGGCCCCCCCGACGUGAUCCCGCGCCACGCGCUGCAGUCGCCCUCCUCCGACGAGUACCGGACCCCCGACUCGACGCUCAUGGAGAACGGACACGAGAACUCGUUCGCGAUGCCCACCUACUUUGACUGCAAGAAGCGCGUCGCCGCCAGCGUCGUGGCGGCCGCCGUCCAGCCGCUCACGAAUUUCCAAAUAUUUAAGCAGAAGUCGCUCAACACAAUACCGGCUCUGCUCGAGAAGAGCAAGAAGAACGAGGAGCUGUUCACGAACUUCCCGUUUCUAACGCCGCUCGCGCACCGCAAGAGUUCGCUCGUGUCGAACGCGAACAGGCUCUCGGGCUGCAUAGAAGACGAGUUCUACUGCGUGCCCUCCGACCCGGAGGUGGACACCGGGUCGACGGAGCACGUGGACGUGCGGCACAGAUUCAGGAGCCUCUCGAACCGGACCCUCAACGACGAGAAGGUGGUGACGUCGACGCCGCGGGGGCCGACCGACGCGGCGCUGCGGCACAGCUACACCGCCACCAGACGCGCGGAGGGCUGCGGCGGCGGAGGCGGCGGAGGCGGCGGCGGCGCGGGCGGCGGAGGCGGCGCGGACGGCUGCUCGUGCGGCGCGGGGUCGCUGCCGCGGCGGCCCAGCUCCGCGCUGAACCCGUCGUCGGGCUCGCUGUCGGCGGCGACUGGCGCGGUGGGUGUGGCGGGGGUGGCGGGGGUGGCGGGGACGGCGGGCGCGGACGGCGGCUCGCUGGAACGCGCGCGCGCUGCACUCGAGCGCCGCAAGCGCACCGCGCCGCCGCCCGCCGACGACACGCAGCACGUGGUGUCGUGCCGCGUGGAGAACACGCGCGUGAACCCCGACUCGCUCAUCGACGAGCUGCUCGCCGCCACCGACCUCAAGCACGCCGUCGACGACUCCGCCGAGAGUUCCGGGCUGCAGCUGUACAUCAGCCGCGACGGCACGGCGGAGCUGGGCAGCCGCCCGCGACAGCAGCUCGCGCGCCGCGACCUGCAGCGCGUCGUGCUGCACCCGCACGACAACAGGUAGCCACCGGCCUGCGAGCGCGGCGGCCGCGGCGGGACGGCGCGGGCACCGGUCGCGCGCUGCGCCAGCCUGCACACGUGACCGCCGCGUGACCGUCUUGUGACCGCCGUGUGACCGUCGUGUGACCGCCGUGUGACCGCCCGGCGACCACUGUCCCGCCAGCGCUGUGACCGGCCGGCGCCCGGUCGGAUACCUAUUUAUUUUUGUUAUACGUGUACGGGCGGGCCGUUGUGAUGUUGUCGCGGACAGUAUUAACGUGAGAGACUCAGUACUGCCGGCGCUCGGUCAGCUGUGCGCCCGAGUGCCGCGGCCGUCGCGUCAGUGCAAUACAGCCGCGCGGCGGCCGCGACCAGUCGCGCCGGUCCCGCCGGUCCCACUGUGGAUGACGACACGAGAUGCAUAUUUAUUGUUUUUACUGAUGAUAUAAAUUAUGCCAUAAAUUGUUUUACAAUUUAUAACUUAAUAAUGUUGAUCGAUUAUAUUAUUAUUGGUAUCCAUAGCGAUUCUGUAAGAAUGGUUGUGUUCGUGCAAUCCGAGCAGUUUUAUAUGAUUUAUAAUGUUUUUAAUUAUUUUUAUUGUAAGUAGGAAACUUUUCAAUUGUUUUGUUGUGUCAAAUUUCAAAACGACACGCAUUGUACACGACGACUGAAUGUUCCUAUAUUUCGCAUAGCGCCUGUGCUUCCUCCCCUCUUUGUUUAUACGUAUUCGGCCGCUCGACCGCGCGACAGAUGCGUUUUAUUAUUUGCGAAACGAGGAUCUGUGCGCGCGACGACUACGAGACUUCGUGCUGCUCUCUGGUCACUAUUUCCAGUAUGUCUUGACAUUUUGUUGUUUAUAUUAUUCGAUGGGUGGGAACAGGGCGACACCGCAGGCGUCCGGAGAUCCGAUAAAUACGUGGCAACAAGCGAGCGGCUCUCCGGCCGGGUGGGGUGUCGCCGCUGCGUGCAUCCGUCUGAUUCUCCUUAGCAAAAUAAUUGUAGUACAAUGAAGUGCUCACAUAACUGGUGCUACGUCAGUGUGUGUACAGGGAGGCGUGUGCCGUGUGCCGUGUGCCGUGUGCGCCGUACUGCGGUCCACUUAUCACGUGUACCAUUUGACCGCAUUAAUGUUGUGUACCGUGUUACUGAGGCGGGCCGCACCCCCACGGGCCCCCGUGUGAUGUUCUCGUGAAUUUAUGACAAUUUUUAAUUAAUAAAUUAUACAACAAAUAUGUACUUCCGAAAUCCCUCCAUGUAUUUUGUGUGAGAAUUAGAACGUGCGAUCGUUCGGCUCGGUGCCAACCGACGCGCGCGCGUGCUGCAGUGGGGCACUGGGGCACGUCGCAGCGCGUAGAGUUCCGUACGAUGAGAUAAAUCUAAGUCAUUCCUUUGCAUUGGUAGCUUGAGCGUGUGGCUUGCCGUCGCUCGUGGCCGGUCGCCAUCUGACCGCCAUUAUUAUUAAUAUUAGCAAUUUUAAUGCGCAUAAAGUGUGAUGUCCGAUUUGUAACACCAAUGAGUGUUUGGUUGCGCUUGUGCACUCGGCAAAGAUCCGCUUCAUCUCCGUCCCUGUCGUCGUCUCGCGAACACUUCGCGAUCAGUCUAAUAUAUUUAUGUAAUAGAGUUAAACGGAUCAAAAAUUCAUGUAAUUAUUGCAGUAAACGGUACUAAAAAUAUCGCAUAAUCUGAUCGCGACGUAGUUCACGAUGUGAUAAUUUUAAUAAAAAAAAAUUGAAACGUAACUCUCGAUAGUGACUUGUAUGAAAUACUUACCUAUAUAUUCCUGCAUAGUUACAAGUAUUAAUGAACUAUUUAUUAACUUAUGACUGUGUAAUCAAACUAUGUAUUUAUCGUGGACGCGUACUUAUCUUCACUUUAAAACUAUAUAUCGAGGACUGAGGUUUCGUGAGAUUUUAUAUUUUGAAAUUGGUUGCGGAUAAGUGCGCGUUCACACCUAAAGGGAGGGGAUGUUUGGGAUGUUUGCGCGACGGCCGGUCGCCUGCUGUGUGUGAGCUGCGAGACGCGUUGUUAUUGUAUCAUAUUAUCUUUAUAAUACAGCCUGUACAGUAUUUGAAUAAAGGACGUGUUUAGAACCA